AUGACUUUGUGUACAAAUUUGGCGAUCAUUUUAUGCAGGGUUUUUCAUUAAAUUUGAUAUAAUCUGAGAUGUGAACAUGACAGAAACUGCAUGCUCAAGGUUACUGCAACAUAGCAGGUUUAAUGUUGAACAAUAUAAGAUAAUUUCCCCCAAAUUUGAAUGAAAAAUUCUAAGAUAUGGGCAUUGGGCCAGUCUUGGUUUAGCAGGUUUAAUGUUGAACAACAUAAGAUAAUUCCCCUCAAAUUUGAAUGAAAAAUUAUAAGAUAUGUGCAUUGGGCCAGUCUUGGUUUAGUGGUCUGAUGAUGCUGCAUUAAGAUAAGAACAUUUUGGUCUGUUUAAAAACAUGCUGUCUAAAUGAGAAGAAAUCUAAAUGGAAAUUCACUUAGGGUUUAGCACCGCUAGCUUAGAUGUGUCCAUUUUGAAUUAAAAAAAAAAAAAAAAAAAUCCAAAGGGUUCGGUUUAUGCACGUGUGAAACUCAUUGGGUUCGGUACCUUUAGCAAGGUUAAGAACCACUAAUCUUGGAGUACUGUAUCUGAAUAUUGCAAUAUAUAUUUAAAUUGACACAAACACUGCAGAACAAAGUAAAAAAUUCCAAUGAAAAGAGUCAACAAAGCAAAAAUCUGGAUAGGUCAAUUCAUCAUACUAGAUUAAAAAAUACUUAUUGGUGUAAAACAAAAUAAUAAAAUUCUACAGUUUCCUACAUUGAUUUCAACAUGGUUUGACCGCUGAAUUAUUGGACGGGCACUGUUUAAGUGACUAGGUCCAUCUAAUGUUAAAUCUGAGUCGUGCAACAGAACAUAAGUGUAAUGUGCUAUGUUCAAUUAUAUUUGCACAAUUUGCUGCGGGUCAAUAAAAACUGGGCAGUGGCCCAUGGGCCAUAGUUUGGACACCAGGUAUAAACGUUUUUUAAUGAUUUUUCUUGCCAAAUUUUGGAGUUUGAACAGGAAUGCAUAGCCAAGGGCGGAGGUUUGGUCUCAACAUUGGUAGGGACGAUAUUACUGUAAUGCACAUAAUGCAAACAAUGAUCCAAAAAAGGGAUGACUAGCUUGACUUCGUUGUUCCUUGUGGAGGCUGGCCUGACCGCAGUAGUUUUGAUGGUUGCAGGUUGGACUUUCAGUAGCAAAAUUAGUGGUGUUUCCCCCACCUCCACAACAAUGACGUCUUUUUACAUGACUUACAAUGGCUGCUGUUGGCCCAAAAAAAAUAAACUUCUAAUAUCCCUCCUCUCCGAAGGGGGUGGCAUGUUGUCGACAUGUAUCUGUCGGGGCUGUGUGAGUAUGUCUGUGUGUGUGUCUUUGUGGAGGGAUGGGGGGAUUGAAGUCAUCAGCCAACCAAACGUUCGUUUAUGGGGGAAAAAUGGACCGGCACAUUCAGCAAGUGAAAAGGGAUAAAGAUGUAAGUCUGAACAUAUUAAAAAUAAUUAACUUAAUAAUAGUAGGGUCUAUUCUACCCUUAAAACAAAUCGAACUUAAGACAAUCUAAAUUACUUAUAUAUUUGAACUCUUUAUAUCAUGAAAUAAGGUUGCUUAAAAGUUGGUGGGGACAAUUUGAGCAUCCUGAAAAGUUGCUAGUAUUAUGUCCCUACCGUCCCUAUGCAAACCUACGCCCUUGGGACACAUUCAAGCAACUGUACAUUAAAAGAUGGAAUCCAUUCAUAAAAGUAGAAUAAAUGAAAAAAGAGACACUGAAAUUAAUACUUUCAUCACUAAAUGAGCGCAAGAUAAGGAUUUUAAGGAUAAGCGGAUUUUAAGGAAGUCCAGGCCCCCCCGGUGGCCGAAAGGUGUCAUUGCAUGUAACUGACUUUCCUAUAUACAGUACAUAAAAGUUGUAAAGCAAUAAAACUGCAACAAAAAUGAAUGAAAUGAACAACAAAAUAUAUUUUUAUAAUGGGUCAAAAUUAUUUUUCAAACAGAUCAUGUGACUAGCAACUUAGACGGUCAUUUGCUUUGCAUAUAUAUAAAAAAAAAUUCAAAUGAUUUUUUUUCUUUGAUUGAAAAUAUUUUUUUUGAUUGAAGCAACUUUUUGGGGGAUUAAAUGAUUUAGACACAAAUGUUCUACCCGUAAUUUGGCCCAAACACAAAAAGGAUCAAUCUCAAAUAUUUUUUGCAUUCAAAAACUUUUACCAUGAUUGAUUUUUCAAUUUUUUUGAUUGAAGUGAUUUUUCUUUUUGAAAAAAAAUUUUUUUAAGGCAACUUAUUUUUUGAUUGAAUAAUGACAAAAAUGUCCCAGCCAAAAUGUUGCCCAAACACAAAUCAACAUUACUUCAAUCAACACCAAAACAAAAACAAACAAACAAACAAAAAAAAGAAAAAUAGCUUUUGCAUGCAUUUUUUUGAGUUUCAAAUUUAUUUUUGCAUUCAAACACAUUUUUUUUUUUGAUUGAAGCGACUUUUUUUUUUGGGUUGAAAGUAUAUAUUUUGAUUGAAGCAACUUUUUUUUUUUUUUUUAUUGAAGCAACUUUUUUUUGAUGGAAUAAUAAAGACACAAAUCUACCUCCAUAUGGCUCCGCCCUGGGGAUACAAUUUUUGACUGGGGUAACUACAUUGGCACGACACCGGCGGGCGUACCAUAUUCAAUUGAUGACGAUCUUGGCGAAAAAUAUUGCCUAAGCAGCCUGAUUUAGAAUUCCCUUCAAGAAUGAUGGGAAACAAAAACACUCAUUGUCAACUUAUUAUUAUAAAUAUUCUUGUAAGUUUAAUUUUACUGCUGACACUGCGUUUCGGGGCCAUCAACAUGUUGUGCCCCCCCUUGCCCCAAAAGUCAAACUCAGCCUAUGAAGAUGACUGUUUUUGUUCGAUUAAAAAAAAAAAAGAAAGAAAGAAAGAAAGAAAAAAAAAAGCAGUGAACACUGACUUUCGGGCUAGAUUUCAUUGUUCGUACAUUGGUAAAAGGCCGUCUCAAUUUGCGUCAGAAAUGUGGCUGCGCGCGCAUCGUGAUCAUUACGACCAAUCGCCAGUCUCCUGUAUGGCGACGCAGCACGUGACGUGCAGAAUAGCCCGAUAGUGAGACUAGAAGCCAGACGGAGGCUGCGUCUUCGUCGAACGACCACCAUGAAACCUCGGUCACCUUCGGAGCAGCAUCACGGGAAACGACCCCGUGUCCCUCCCGCAGCUGCCUCCACGUCGCCGCAAGACGCAAUGGAGGACACAACGCCGCCCAAUCCGCGGGAACUCACCCAAAACCCGCUGAAGAAAAUCUGGAUGCCGUGUAAAAACGGCCUUCCCGAGAGGCACAUUUCUCAAAGGAAGGUAUGCAUGACUAACUGCCCGACCCUGAUUGUGACAGUGGGCCUUCCAGCAAGGGGGAAGACCUACAUCUCAAAGAAGCUAACUCGCUAUCUGAACUGGAUAGGGGUUCCCACUAGAGAGUUCAAUGUGGGACAAUAUAGGAGAGAGUGUGUAAAGAUCUAUAAGUCCUUUGAGUUCUUCCGUCCAGACAAUGAGGAAGGGUUAGCGAUCAGAAGACAGUGUGCUUCGGCAGCUUUGAAUGAUGUACGACAGUACCUUACGGAAGAAGGUGGCCAAGUUGCGGUUUUUGAUGCAACAAACACCACCAGAGAAAGGAGAAAAACCAUCAUUGAGUUUGCAGAGCAGAAUGGCUUCAAGGUGUUCUUUGUAGAAUCUGUGUGUGAAGACCCAGAUGUCAUCCAGGAGAACAUUGUGCAAGUGAAGCUGGGCAGUCCUGACUAUACUAACUGCAACACUGAGGAGGCGGUAGAAGAUUUUAUGAAGAGGAUAAAGUGUUAUGAAAACUCUUAUGAGACCCUGGAUGAGGUCUUGGACAGGGAUCUCUCCUACAUCAAAAUCAUGGAUGUGGGUCAGCGUUUUUUAGUCAACCGGGUGUUGGACCAUAUCCAAAGUCGGAUCGUCUACUAUCUCAUGAAUAUCCACAUUACACCUCGCUCCAUCUACCUCUGUCGCCAUGGCGAGAGUGAGCUCAAUGUGAAAGGUUGCAUCGGAGGAGAUUCUGGUCUCACACCGCGGGGGAAAGAGUUUGCCAAAAACCUGAGUCAGUUCAUCCAAGCUCAGGGCAUCAAUGACCUGAAAGUCUGGACUAGUCAAAUGAAGAGAACCAUUCAGACGGCCGAGGCUCUUAGCGUGCCCUACGAACAGUGGAAGGUCCUUAACGAGAUUGACGCAGGUGUUUGUGAGGAGAUGAUGUAUGAGGAGAUUCAAGAUAACUACCCUUUGGAAUUUGCACUGAGGGACCAGGACAAGUACCGUUAUCGCUACCCUAAAGGAGAGUCCUACGAGGACCUGGUGCAGCGUCUGGAGCCGGUCAUCAUGGAGUUGGAGCGGCAGGAGAAUGUGCUGGUCAUCUGUCACCAGGCCGUCAUGCGGUGUCUUCUGGCUUACUUCCUGGACAAGACUGCAGAGGAGCUACCCUACUUGAAGUGCCCACUGCACACAGUGUUGAAGCUCACUCCGGUGGCCUACGGCUGUAAGGUGGAGUCGAUCGGCCUCAACGUAGACGCUGUCAACACACACAGAGAGAAACCGGAGAACGUGAACGUCCAUCGCACUGCUGAGGAUGCCCUGCGGACUGUCCCUGCUCACCUCUGAUCUUGCUGCGGCACCCUGUGAGCUUCACGUUGCCUCCCAUUUUCUCGGUUAUUAUGUGGUACUUCUGUUCACACUGGUGACUAUCGGGGUGGAAGUGACUCCUGAUCCAUACACCUCUAGUAUCUCUUUGGUGCAAUUUGAAGGAGUUCAACAGAUUUAAGUUUUGCACAUUGUGGUCACAUUUGCCACAGCAUGUUUUCUGUGUAUCCAUAAUGUUAUGUGCAGUAAAGGUGAUUGUGAAGUACUGUAUUUUUAACUCACAAUAGUUAACCCAAAAAAAAACAUGCUUCCUAUUUCAUUGAAUCGGUCAAGUGUGCAAUCGUUUUUGUGAAGGCAUCCUCAGUCUUUGUUGUGCAAUCUAAAGGUUCCAUGCCACUCAACCUGGGAAAUGGCACUAGGAAACCUCUAAUCUUUGUGAACUGCUUAUUCACGAAAUAAUUAAAUGACUGGAAUCAUAUUUUGUAAAAUCUUUCACUAUUGUUUUUAUUAAUUCUUUUGUGUCUCACCUAACACAGAUGUACUGCCAUUACAGUGUGAUUUAUGACAGAAAAUUAUUUGUGAAGAUUGUGUGUGCGUGUGUUGUGUAUGUGCUUAUUGGUUAGAAUGAACCGGGGAGAAAAAUUAUGCAGAGUCAUGUUUGCGACUCCAAUGAAAUACAAUAAAGAUAUUUUUCCACAAUAAUGAUUUAG